UGAUCCCUGCCUGCCUUGCAUUGAUCCACAGAUAUAUCUCUCUCUUCCCUCUCUCUCUCUGUCCGCUUCCUUUCUAUCUUCAGGAGCAAUGGCUUCUAGCAUCAGUGCCUUGUUGGCCAUGGUGGUGCUCCUCUGUACGGUGGAGCUCUGCUGGUCGAUGGGUGGGGGAGGGUCGAGAAAGCUCGCCUCCCUCUACACCCCUCCGCCACUCAUCCUCCAGUACCACAACGGUCCCCUGCUCACCGGAAAGCUCCCCCUGAGCGUCGUCUGGUACGGGGAUUUCACCCCUUCCCAGCACGCCAUCGUCGUCGACUUCCUCAACUCCCUCCACCAGCCAUCCUCCUCUUCCGCCGGCCAUCCGACCGUCUCCACCUGGUGGAGGACCGUCGAGAAGUACUCCGCCGCCCUGCCCAAAUCGCAGCCGGCUUCUUCCUCCUUCGCCGCUGGCGUCGUCAUGCCGGUGCUCGCGGGCCAGAACCUCGACUCUGCCUACUCUUUGGGGAAGACCCUCACUCGGGCCCAAAUCUCCCAGUUGGCCUCCAAGCAUGCUCCGUCGGCCGCCGGCGGUAGGUCCCUGACGCUCGUCCUCACCUCCGCCGACGUCACCGUCGAGGGCUUCUGCAUGGGCGGCUGCGGCACCCACGGCUCUCACCCGCCCUCCUCCGCCUACGUCUGGGUGGGCAACUCUGCCUCCCAGUGCCCCGGUACCUGCGCCUGGCCCUUCCACCAGCCCAUCUACGGCCCCCAGUCUCCUCCCCUCGUCGCCCCCAACGGCGAUGUCGGCGUCGACGGCAUGAUCAUCAACAUCGCCUCUCUGCUCGCAGCCGCCGUCACGAACCCGCUCGGAAACGGCUACUACCAGGGCGCGGCCGGCGCCCCCCUGGAGGCUGCCUCCGCCUGCCCCGGCAUGUACGGUACCGGCUCAUACCCUGGCUACGCCGGAAACCUCCUGGUGGACCCGACGACCGGCGCCAGCUUCAACGCCGUCGGGCUGAACGGUAGGAAGUACCUGUUACCGGCAUUAUGGGACCCGCAGACCCGCUCCUGCUCCACUCUUGUAUGACCAUAGCAAUAGAAACAAACAAUGGUUUUCCUUAGGCUUUUGUGAUUCGGGUUCCGGGUCUGGAUCCAAACCGUCUCUUUUGCUCUCACCAAGAGAGGCACUCAUCAAUGUACAUAAAUAUGCUAAGUAGUCCAUGUUUCUGCUUGUCUUCGUCACUCAA